UGAAGACAAACGCGUUCGCUUCACAUGUGAAGCUAGUUUCGAACGCAGGGCCAGUUUUACUGGAAACGAGAAGUAGACCGACAGAAAGCCUCGUCCUCGGCUCCGGGGGCGCAGUCUUCUAGUGGAGCCGCUCGGCAAACAAACAUGAUGGAGGAGAUGGGCAAAGACGAGCCGCUCGGCGGUGCAGACCAAUAUGUGCAGCAGGCAAACGGUGCCUUAAAUGAAAUGCAUGACGUGGGGCAAGAAGACAACCUCCCCGGUCAGAUGGAGGAGAUUCUGGCUCCGCUCGCCGAGUACAAUGAGGAAGAGGAGGAGCGAAAAUAUUACCGUAGGAAGCGCCUCGGAGUGAUCAAGAACGUGGUUGCAGCCAGUGUUGCGGCCAUGAUCGUGUACUCUGUAUAUAUGGGGCUUCUGCAGAUGCAACUGGUAUUGCAUCAUGACUCCACAUACAGAGAUGUGAAGUACAGCAACUUGGGGCUGGAGAACAUUGACCAAAAGAUGCUGAUGGGAAUCAAUGUUACGCCCAUCAUUGGUCUAUUGUACACCCCCACUCUCAUCAGGUUUCUUGGUACAAAGUGGAUGAUGUUCCUGGCUUCAGGGAUCUACGCUCUUUUUGUCUCUACCAACUACUGGGAGCGUUACUACACUUUGGUCCCAUCCGCUGUUGCUAUUGGUGUCGCGAUUGUUCCUCUUUGGGCCUCUCUAGGAAAUUACAUCAUAAGGAUGGCACAACAGUAUUACGAGUACGUCAACUACAAGGAUGAGCAUGUGCAGGAGCAGAAGAAGCUUCCAAAAGGAGCCUGUCACCGUUACAUCAUUAUCUUCCAGUCUGUCUUCUUCAUCAUCUUUCAUCUGAGUAUUGUCUUCGCUGAGCUGCCCAUGCGUCUCGUCCUCCACAGCCACUUACAAAACCGGAGUCAUGUCCUCUUUGGGGUUGAACGCUGCGGGGCGUCAGUAGCCGGGCUGAUCCCAGGCUUUAAUACAACGCUGCUGACUUACCUUCCACGGUCCAUGCUGCUCAUUGAAGUGGAGAGUGUCCUGAUGGGGUUCGCCUUCCUCUCAAUGAUCAUUUUCCUGGUGCUGUGUGGCCCUGCUUACCGACCCACAGAGGAGAUUGAUCUGCGAAGUAUCGGAUGGGGAAAUAUAUUCCAGCUGCCUUUUAAACACUUCAGGGACUACCGCCUGCGUCUGCUGUGUCCCUUCUUCAUCUUCAGCGGCUUCGAAGUUACUUUUGUAUUCUCGGAGUUCACCUUGAACUACGGGGUGUGUGUGCUGGGCAUUAAAGAGCUCUGGCUCAUCAUCUUUGUCUACGGCCUGUCCUGCUCCGUCUUCUCCUCCCUCUCUCUCAGUCUCUUGCAUGUCCCCAAGUGGACCUGCCUGGCAUCAGGUGCCUUUGUACACGGGGCGCUGCUGGUGACUCUCCUGGCAUUUUCCCCGAAUCCCAAAAGUCCAACAGGCGACGAGUACCUGCUGCCAGUGCUGGCAAUCGCCGUGCUGUGGGGCCUGGCCACAGCGCUGAACAAGACCAGCAUCAGCAUCAUUCUAGGGUGCCUGUAUGCGGAGGAGAAAGAACGUCUGGACUUUGUCUACACCAUCUACCACUGGUGGCAGGCCAUCUCAAUAUUUUUCAUCUACCUUUGGGCAAACAUGCCGAUGAGAGCCAAACUCUCCAUCCUGCUGGCCACUCUGCUGCUGGCUUGCUACUGCUACUGGGUCAUGGAGCGGCGUCUGGCCAAAAACGAACGUCACAGACUCCCUCGCAUCCCACGGCCACGACAUAAGGUUAAAGGUUACCGCUACCUUGAAGAUUACAACUCAGAUGAGUCAGACUCUGAGAAGAGUGUGGAAGAUGAUGAAGAGGAGCAAGAUGAAAGCAACGACGAAGAACAUGCGGCAGAGGAAAUGGGAGCACAGGACAGAGAGGAAGGAAGGGAUCUGCAAGGAGAAGCUGCUGGAGCUGAAUCGCCCAGCGCCAGGAGGAGGGGUCACAAGGGCGGUGACGCAAACAGAAGGAUGUCGAUGUGAUAUGAGGAAAUUGGAAAGAGAAGGUGUCGAAUGUCCAGGACGGUUGAGCUAUUUUUAGUAAUCAAUUUCAACAUAUGAAAAUUAGAAAAUGAUUCAUAGAUCUUUGUAAAAAUAUAUAUAUUUUCAAUGAGUCUUUGUUGUUUAUAAUAAACUGUUGGAACACAGCAUGUCAUUUCUGUUUUUGUAUAGCGUGUUUCGCCAGUGUUUUUUUGCUGCUACAAUAGUUGCUUCAGAAUAAAAGAGGGGGAAUGAGAAAUUGAUUUUUCUCAGUGUAUUGAUGGACUCGCUUGUUGUGAUCGGUGUAAACAACAUCAGCUGCCAGAUUGUGUGCGUGCAAUCAUUUGUUUUCUUUGUUUGGAACAACCAGGCGUCAUUUUGGCCUGAAGCACGUGUCCGAAGACCAGACGUGUGGCUGUCCCUAUCUGGCUGGAGAGGUCACGUUUUAAU